GAGAGAGACACAGAGAGAGGGAGAGGGAGAGUACCAUCAUCAUAAUCAUCAGUGGACAUGCAGGAUGAGAGGACGCACCUCAGUCACAGCGGUGUUGUCUAAUUCCUGGAUGAACAUCAUCUGUCUCCACACACACACACACAGGUGCUGGUUAAUCCCUGGAGCAGAGAAAAGUCAUUUUUCUGUUUCUAAGCUCUUCAUCCACACGUGAGCUGGAGUGGACUAAUCCCUGGAGCAGGAGGGGGACACUGUGACUGUGGGACCUGUCUAUUCCCUGAACUACAAACCUCUGCUGAUCUGAGCUGGAUUCUGGGAUCUGGCUAAGACCUGCUGCUGCUGCUGCUGCUGCUGGGACCAGGUUCAUCUCUGGAUCGGUGUGUGUGUCUGGGAUGUUCUGCUUCUGCCUGCAGAGUUCUGUGCUGAAGCUCCAGGCACUGGAGGUGGAGGGGGGGUCCUCGCUGACUACGUCCCCAGAGGAGAGCCUCCCUGCCCUGGGCAGCAAAGAGCAGAAGAGUCCCUGUGGACGCACGGAGCUCGGAGAGAAGGAGGGGAAAACACGCGUCCUGUGUCACAGUGUUCCCACUGAGGAAGAGCUCAGGACAAUCCUGACCAGACCUCCUCAGUCCUCCAGACACCAGCAGCCCCUGACCUCUGAUGCCGCGCUGCCACCCAGUCCUCAUCAAUCGCCCUACUCCCCUCAGAGGAGCAGCCCUGGAGGCGAAGGGGGAGGAGUCAGUGGAGGAGAAGGAGCAGGGGCAGGAGCUCUGCUUCAGUUACUUGCAGGUGGUGCCAGUCCACUCCCGUCCCCUCGCUGCUCCAGCCUGAGCCACAGCCUGAGGUUCAACUCUGACCCCGACACUGCACCAUCACCACCCUGCAGCCAGCAGUACAUCCUGUGCCGUGGGGACAGGACAGAGGACAUAGAGGAUGAGUGUCCCUGGUCUCUCAGGCGUCACAUUCAGACUCUGAAGAAGAAAGUUCACAGGUUUGAGGAUCAGUUUGAACUUCAGAUGAAAUAUAAGCCGUCUCACAACGACAAAUACUCAAACACAGAGAUGGUGCGUGUAAUGAGUGACUUGGCCAAAGCUCGGAAACAACUCAAAGAGCUCAGACUCAGACAGUCAGUGUUUGAGUCAAAGGACGGAGGAGAAAGUACCAACAUGCACAGGUACGUCUCCGGGCAGCAGGGGGCGUCAGAGCACAGGCCGACGAUGGAGGAGACGGUGGAUUCUCUGUUCAGACGACUGAGGGAGAAAAGACAAGACCUCGGUCUCCCUGACAACGUAAAGGACAUGUCUCAGGCUCAGAUGGUCAUGGAGAAGAUCACACUGCAGAAAUGUCUCCUCUACUGUGAGAGUCUUCAUGGACGAGCGGGAACCAAACAGGAGAAGAACCUGGUGAAGCCCCUGUACGACAGAUACCAGCUGAUCAAACGUCUCCUCUGCGCCAGCCCCACCUCCAUCACCACCAUCGAGGAAGAGGAUGGAUCCGACGAAGACUCUGUGACCUCAGUGACAGUGGACAAACGUCCUGUACUUGCUCCGCCCACAGCAGUCGGCGAGUAUGACAGUGACCGGGACAGUGACCCGGCGUUCGUGUCCCCGAUGGACGAGGUCAAAGGUGUCCGUCAGCAACCUGCCGUCACCACCGCGAACCUUCAUGAAGCCUCCAGGUCUCAGCUGCUGCUGAGCUUACGUCAGACGAGAGCAGAGAAAAAGACGAGACGUAAAGUCCUGCGAGAGUUUGAGGAGGAGUUUUAUCGUCAGACCGGCAGAAUCUGUCAGAAAGAAGAUCGAACUCCGAUGAAAGAAGAAUAUCAGGAAUACAAACAGCUGAAAGCCAAACUGCGGCUGCUGGAAGUUCUGCUCAGCAAACAGGAAGUGGCCAAAACCAUGUAACACAUGAUGGACAGACAGACAAUGCCUGUGUAAAUAAUGACAUCACACCUUUACCAGCAUCUUCAUCGUGUUUGUUUACCUGGUAAACAAAACAGGCACUUUUUAUUUAUCUGGAUUUACUGAGUCUCUACUGAGGCUUUCGGACUAAAAAGGGCUCAGAGCGUCAAAGUGUCAGUAAGAUAAAGAUUAAAUCGCUAAAACUGAUUUUUCUUCCACGAUGAAAUGAAAGUAUUUAUUUCUAUAUAUACAGAUGAAAUGAGAUGUUAAACAUGUCCGUGCUUCUCGCUGCACGUCAGUGUCCUGAACCUGAACCUGAACCUGCUCUGUAUCUGUUUGCUCGAUACAUUUCUACACAAAGUGACAAUAAAAAUAUUUUUGAUAAUGA